AUGAAGACUCGAGAGUUCGAUUUCAACGUUGAUUCGAGAGUCGUGCCAAGCGAUCCCAUUGAGCUCCGUGGGAAAAGCCGCGACAGUGGUCGAAUGAUCGUGUUGGAGCGGUCGACAGAGAAGAUUACGCACACAGUGUUUUCCAAUAUAUGCCAAUACUUUCGCCCCGGUGAUCUUUUGGUGCUGAAUGAUAGCUACGUACUCGCCAAUACCUUGAGGUUCCAACACGGUGACCAAUCUACUCAAGUAGGUUUGGCUGGACAGGAGCCGGACGGCACGACCAUUGUUGACCUAUUUGGGUGGUCGUUGGCUGCACCAGAUUUGACCCUGAAGUCGACAAAUAACGAGCAACUUACCUGUACACUACUUGAAGCCCUGCCUGACCAACACUGGAAAGCAAAGUUCGAGCCCUUCGACUUAGUUACACCAACACUCGAUCAGUUCGGGCGGCAUGUAGACGAUGUGAUCAACCUCAAUGCAGCACACUGGAAAUCUGCGCCUCAUGCGUAUCGCUCUGUAUACGCUAAGACACCGGGUUCCCUUGAUAUCCCUUCAGCUGGGCUUCACUUCUCUACUGAGCUGCUGGGCGAGAUUGAGUCCAAAGGAGUUGAGAUCGCCAACAUAACGCUACAUGUUGGGGCGACUGAGAUCCUGUCAGUUCGUCACAUCAGCGAGGAGGAAGUUGAGAACCACAAGGUCAGGUCCGAGUACUUCCAGGUUGGAGACAGGGCUGCUUCUCAGAUCAACCGGGCCGUCUCUGAGGGAAGACGUGUCAUCGCAAUCGGAACGACUGUCAUGAGAACACUUGAGACUUUGGCAGCCAAACGAAGCCCCAAGACUCCUAUACAAGCCCAAUCAGGGUGGACAGAUCUCUACAUCUACCCUGGGUUUAAGUUCAAGCUCGUCGAUGUGCUGUUGACGAACCUCCACCAACCUCGUUCCAGCCAUAUUGUGCUUACGGCUGCCUUUGCUGGGAAAGACUUUGUGAUGCGCAGUUAUGCGGAGCUUACUGAACAUGGUGGAUACGAGUUUGACAUGUUUGGGGACAGCAUGCUAAUUGUGUAG